UGUAACAAGAUUUCAGUGUAAUUGAUUUCAAUCUUAGACUGUGUUCUUAACAUGUUUCUUGUUGUUCAAAAAAAAUGUGAGCUAUUCUAAAGCAAAAAAAAAGAUUUCAGUGUAAUUGAUUUCAGUGUAUCUUGUUUAUGAGCUCAUGGAUACUGAUCUCCACCAGAUUAUCAAGUCUUCUCAAGUUCUUAGUAAUGAUCACUGCCAAUACUUCUUGUUCCAGAUACUUGAUUGGUUCUACUUGCUUCGAGGGCUAAAGUAUAUACACUCAGCCAACAUCCUCCUCCGAGAUUUGAAACCAGGCAACCUCCUUAUCAACGCGAACUGCGAUUUGAAGAUAUGUGACUUCGGUCUUGCGCGGACCAGCAACACCAAGGGACAGUUCAUAACUGAAUAUGUGGUGACUCGUUGGUACAGAGCACCCGAGCUUCUCCUCUGCUGUGACAACUACGGAACAUCCAUCGAUGUUUGGUCCGUUGGUUGCAUUUUCGCCGAGCUUCUUGGUAGAAAACCGAUAUUCCAAGGAACUGAAUGCCUAAACCAGCUCAAACUCAUCGUCAACAUACUCGGAAGCCAAAGAGACGAAGAUCUCGAGUUCAUAGAUAACCCUAAAGCCAAACGUUACAUCAGAUCGCUUCCUUGUUCGCCUGGGAUGUCUUUGUCUAGGGUUUACCCGGGAGUUCAUGUUCUGGCCAUCGACCUUCUUCAGAAAAUGCUUGUUGUUGAUCCGUCCAAGAGGAUUAGUGUCACUGAUGCGCUUCAGCAUCCUUACAUGGCGCCUCUGUAUGAUCCGAACGCAAACCCUCCGGCUCAGGUUCCUAUUGAUCUGGACGUAGAUGAGGAGUUGGAAGAGGAGAUGAUAAGAGAGAUGAUGUGGAAUGAGAUGCUUCAUUACCAUCCUCAAGCUUCAACAUCUGAGCUGCUAUGAGGUCAAGUCUUCUAAUGAACUUUAAAUCCUCUGAUGCGAUGGGAUGUUUUGCGUGUUACAAUAGUCUUUCAUUCAUGGGACUUCGAUCUCCUUUCACACUCAUUUGAUCAAAUUUAAAUUAAGGCAUUUGCAGGUACCUAAUUGACCGAACUGAAACCAGACAUAUACGGAUCAGUCUAUGUUCAAAGUCUCAGACGAGUUAAUUAUAUUGUUACCCACCCUAUAUCACAUGAGUUGCUUCCUUCUUCUUUUUUGUCAACACAUGAUUUGAUUUGUUUCUUUUUGUCAACACAUGAUUUGAUUUGUU